AUGCCUAACAACUUAUCAUCCCUUUCAGACACUGCUAACUAUAUCGACAAAGCUUCAAAUGUUGAUCCAAAAACAGCAUCCCCUUGUUCCACGAAUGCUCUCCCUUUAGACCUUCACAAAUUAGCCGCCGAAUGGCAGAGUGAUAAGAAGAAAGAGGAGGUUCAAAGGCAAGUGUUGCAGAAUGAAUUCUUGAAAAGUGUUAAGGAAAUCAGUAAGAGUCUGGUGAAGAAUCAAAAUGAUAAGAGUCCUAUAUCACAAUUAAAUUGGGAUCAGAUGUACGACGUUUCUGCAGAAUUAAUGGAUCAAUACAGUAAGGAGAUGGAACAGAUCUUAGCUGAACUUGAUGAGGUAUAUAAGAAGCAUUUCAUGUGGCAAGAGGCGGCAUUUACUAUUGAUUCACAUAGAGGUGCCACGAGAAUAGCCAAUGCUGAAAUGUGGAUGAAAUCUAAAGAAGCAUACUUACAAUACACAAGAAAAGAACUCGAUACUUCGGCAAAAGUCAUUAAAACCACCAUAGAAGAUCUUUCCAAGAGAUGA